UCACACUGCGGGAGUGCACCAACCUGAGGGAGCUGUCCCUCGAGAACAACCGCCUUGUGCGUCCCCUCCUCGACUUCAGGUGCCUGGCGGACCUGAGGGUGCUGCGGCUGUUCAACAACCUGCUCGAGUUCAUCCCGGAGAUCCUGCCUGGCUCGUGUUUGGCGGACCUGAAGGUGCUGAGGCUGUUCAACAACCCGCUCGAGUGCCUGGCAGACCUGAGGGUGCUGCGGCUGUUCAACAACCCGCUCGAGUUCUUCCCAGAGAUCCUGCCCUGCCGCCACCUGCGCAUGUUAUCCCUUGCCAACGUGCGCAUUGUCAGCGACCCAGACCUCAAGAUCGUUGACGUUAGCAUCGUGCAACUGGAGGCGCAGCAAGGCUCCUACUUCUCUGCGUCCAAGCACUGCCUGAGCGACUUCUUCGCCCUCAUCUUCCGCUACUCGUCCGUGCACCACCCGCUGCUGGCGUCCGCCCUGGCACGCAUCUGUGAGGACCGCGAGAACCGCGCGGCCAUUGGCAAGGAUGAGAGCGCGAUCAGGCAGAUCGUGAGCAUGCUGCUUGCUGACUCCAAGCACGUGGUGGAGCAGGCGUGCCAUGCCCUCUCCUCCCUGGCAAUGGACGAUGCACUGGUGACCCAUCUGGUGAAAUCGGACGUGCUGGCGGCCAUCUGCUCACUGCUGCUCUCCCAGCACUCCCGUCAAUCCCCCAACCCCCCAUUCCCUCUUCCCCUUCCCCCACCCUCAUCAGGUGGAGCAGGCGUGCCAUGCCCUCUCCUCCCUGGCAAUGGACGACGCACUGGUCACCCACCUGGUGAAGUGGAGCAGGCGUGCCAUGCGCUCUCGUCCCUGGCAAUGGACGAUGCACUGGUGACCCAUCUCGUGAAGUCGGACGUGCUAGCAGCCAUCUGCUCGCUGCUGCUCUCCCAGCAGCCGGAGAUCCUCGUGUCAGUGCUGCGCGUCAUUGCCAACCUCGCCCUCGCCUCCGACUCCGUCGCUGCACGCAUUCUGAACGUCGAUUCUGCGGCUAUUCUCACCAGUCUGUGUCAUCAUACACACAUGAUGCAGCCGGAGAUCCUCGUGUCCGUGCUGCGUGUCAUUGCCAACCUCGCCCUCGCCUCUGACUCCGUUGCCGCGCGCAUUUUGAACGUCGACUCGGCGGCCAUUCUCACCACGCCCUGCUCUGCUGCUCUCUCCCCCUCUCUUCCUCCAUCCAUACCUCUCUCCUCGAAACCUUCUGCACCCUUCUCACCGCCACCCUACCUGCACCCUUUCCGUUCUAACCUCUUCCUUAUUGCCCUCAUGGCCGUGGGUAACUUGUCAUUCUGCCCGGACAACCGCCGCCUGCUGGUGGCCCAACCAGGCUUCCUAGACGGGCUCUAUCACCUCGCCACAGGGGGCGGGGGGCUGGGCGGCGGGGGCUUCGGGGGCGGAGGAGGGGGAGAGGAAGCGGGAGAAGGGGGUUUGGGAGCGGAAGGGGAGGGGAUGAGGGGGGGUGGAGGGGGUGUGGGCAGGUACCAGCACAGGGCGCUAGUGGUGGAGGUUCCAACUGUCUUCUCGUUUCGCAAGGCGGCAGCGCGGGUGCUUGCUAUUCUGGGUGAAAAUCGGCUGGUACAGGAAGCAUUGUGCACGAGGGCAGUGGGGCAGAGGGGUGUGCGUAUACUAGUGAUGGAUGGGGGCGGCAUGCGGGGCAUGGCCAUGGUGCAGAUGCUGCGGCAGAUCGAGGGGCGCACGGGCAGGCGCGUGCACGAGCUGUUUGACCUCGUGUGUGGCACGUCCACUGGUGGCAUGCUGGCAGCUGAGUUGGGAAUCAAGCGCCUCACUUUGGACCAGUGUGAUGAUGUCUACAGGCGACUGGGCAAGCUGGUAUUCUCAAACGUGGAGGCGAUGGAGUCGGCGUCGUGGCGGGACAAGCUGGACCAGCUGUACAAGAGCUCGUCUCAGAACUACCGCGUGGUGGUGCACGGCAGCAAGCACAACGCGGAGCAGUUUGAGCAGCUGCUGCAGGAGAUGUGCACGGAUGACGAUGGGGACCUGCUCAUCGACUCCGCAGUCAAGGGCGGGCCCAAGGUCUUCGUGGUGUCCACCCUCGUUAGUGUCACACCCGCCACACCCUUCGUCUUCCGAAACUACCAGUACCCUCCUGGGACCAGGGAGACCCCCCACCCCCCAGCCGACGGGUCCCCCAUGCCCACGCCGCCCCCCCGCAUGCGCACAUCGGGGCUAUCCGCGCUGCUAGGCACGUGCAAGAUGCAGCUCUGGCAGGCCAUCCGAGCCUCCUCCGCAGCCCCGUACUACUUCGACGAUUUCGCUGUUGGCCCCCACCGCUGGCAAGACGGGGCUAUUUUCGCAAAUAACCCUACAAUUGUCGCGGUGAGAGAGGCCCGGCUGCUCUGGCCGGACCUGCCGCUGGACUGCGUGGUGAGCCUCGGGUGCGGCUCGGCGCCGCCGAAGCUGCGCGGGAGGCCCGGGUGGAGGGUGGCGGAUACGGGGCAGGUGCUGGCCGAGGCUGCCACGUCGGUGGAGCAGGCGGAUCUGGCGUUUGAGUCGGUGAUUCCCAUGCUGCCCGAUGUGAAAUACUACCGGUUCAACCCAGUGGACGAGCGGUGUGGCAUGGAUCUGGACGAAACAGACCCAGCGGAGUGGGAAAAACUGGAGACAGCCACUGACGAGUACCUCACAGCAGUCAACCGCGACAUGGCAGAGCUCUGCAAGUACCUGCGCCUCUGCGUGGCUCAGGAGGAGGCAGACAAGGCCGCCGCCGCAGCACUGUUAGGCGGAGCAGCAGCAGCAGCAGCGGCGGCAGCGGCAGGGGGGUAUAGGAGUCGGCCGGGGAGUCGGCCGGGAAGCAUGCCCGGCACCCCGAGAGCCGCUGGCUACUCUAGCCCUGCAGCAGCACCUGUUUACCCUCCCAUUGUGCUCCCAGCAUCGCCUAGGUCGCCCAAGACGUCUGCCCCCGCGUCGCCCCUGGCCAAGGUGAUUGGGCCGCAGGGGGAUCAGAGGAGGGGAGCCAGUGGCAGCUCGCUGCACGCGAUCAAUCCAUACCGUCGGCACGUGCUGCUCGUGGACUCCAUCCGGCCGUCCGUUGCCCGCCGGCCCUGGCAGCACUCGGCUCGUCUCUGCUGCUCUGCCAUCGGCGGCGGCGGUGGCUAUAUCAACAACAGCAGCAUGGUUUCUUCUCAUGAAGCAGCAGCAGCGAGGCUCGCAGGGAUCAUCAGCAGUAUCAGCACGGACGGUGGCAGCACUGGCAGUCUGCUGUCCCACCUGCGCCGCCCCCCUAAGGUAGACGAGCAUAUCUGUGAGCCCUGCGACCCUCCCUCUGGCAGCACUGCUGCUGCUGCUGCGUCCACUGGGCUGUAUUUCUCCACCUCUCUCCAGUCCCCGUUCAGCUCCCGACCCUCCAGCGUGCCUGGGAGUCCCCGAAUCACAGGGUCAGCUUCGGCCAUGGCUGCUGCUGCAGCUGCGGCUGCUGGAGCAUCUGCUAGUGGUGGCGCUAGUCCCCAUUUUGGGUCUGCUGCAGGACUGGCAGCACCAGCAGCAGCAGGGAUAGCUUCAGCCGGAGCUGCUGGGAUGAGGAGGUCCGGUAGCAGCACGGCCAUAGCAGCAGGUCUGGGAAUAGGCUCGGGAGGCUCGGGUGGUGCGGGUGGAGGUUCGGGAGGGACAGUGGGAAGGGCAGGUGUCCGAAGGGGAGUGGAUGGAAGGGGAGGAGGGGGUGGUGGUUCCCCCGUGUUCCGAGUUCCCUCCAACCUCGAUCUUAACAAGCCAACAGGGGAAACCUCACGUCCUGCUACUGCCAGCAUCACUCCUGCUGCUGCUGCUACUCGUGCUGGGGCUGGGUCUAGUACCAGAGCAACUAGUACAGAGGACACACCUCUGGGAGUGGAAGCAAGUUUCCGGCCCUGGAUGGCCGAAGGGGAGGACUCAGACGGGGAAGAGGAGGGGCAGGGAGGCAGGAGCACCAGGCAAGCAGGCACGGGAGCGGUCACACGGGGUUACACGCCAACAUCAGCAUCAGGCGCAGCAGGGGCAACGGUAUCGGCAACAGCAGGGAGAGCAGCGGCGGCGGCGGCGGCGGCGGCAGCAACGCUGCCGAGUGUGGGGGCACGGCUGAAGCCAGUGUGGACGGAGGGCGGGUCGAGGAGGGCGGUGGCGCUGUCGCUGUCUCCCCCGGCAGCAGCACUCAUGCAGCGCCUGCAGCAGGCUGCUGGCGUGGGCCUAGUGCACCUGGCGCUACCCUGCGACCAGUCAGGCUUCAUCCUCACCUGGUCAUCUGAGGUCAUGUCAGUGGCAGAGCCUAGUGACUCCGCCACGCGCCUGCUUGCCCGUGCCAUUGACAGCAUCGGCUGGUGGAACCCCGCUCGCCGCCAUGCUGCUGCCCUCGCCCACUCUCUUGCUGCUUCUGCUGCUGCUGCUGGUGUUACCGCUGCUGCUGCUUCUGCUGCUGCCGGUGCCGCCAAAGCUCCAGUUUCUGGUUCAGGUGGUCUUGCUUCGGCGCCUGGUUCGGCCUCAGCUUCGGCGGCUGAUCUGGUCGGGCUUGCUGCCACUCACCAUGGAGCCAGCUCCCCCGGGCUUGGUCCAGUGAACGCAGCAGGUUCGGCAAGUGCAAGACUGGCAGCAGGUUCGGGAUCAGCAGGCUUGGCAGGGGUGAGUGCUUCGGGUAGUGGCGGCGGCAGUGCGAGGGGCAUCAGUGGAACUCCGAGAGCAGGAGGAGGGGGAGGGAGGGGGAGUAGGGGAGCAGGGGAGAAGGCACCGGCGAGUUUGUGGGAGUUGGUGCAUGUGGCGAGCUGCUUUGUGGUGGAUGGGGUGCUGCAUCGCUUCAUGGGCUGCCACACUCAGAUCCUGCCGGGCGGCAUGGAGGUGAGCACGUAUCUCUUCAGCUGCACGGCUCCCGCCGUCCACCUCACAGAAGCUGACAUUCGCUGGAUGGCAUCUUCAUGGAGGGAUCGCAUCAUAGUGUGCACGGGCAAACAGGGGCCCCCCACCGCCCUCACAGAAGCUUUUCUGGACACCGGAGCCAAGGCUGUCAUCGCUCCUCCUCCUGCCGGUUCCUCUUCAUUCCCUGGUCACUUUGCAUUAAAUGCUGCUGCUGCGGCAGCGGCAAGUGGCAUGUCUCCUUGCGUCGACUCUGCCUAUCAAGGAGUUGUGGGUUUGGAUUUAGCGGCGGCAGCAGCUGGUGGGGAUGUGGGUAGGUUGGGGAAGAGGGAGGCCUGGUUGGAUGACGUAGAGGCUUGGAUUGGCCGGGAGGAUCGGGUGUUUGGUUUAGCGGUGGAGAAAGAGCAGGCAAGUGCUAAAGUGGAGGAAGAGAGGUUGGGGUUGUUUUUGAGGGAUCUGUACAGUGGGUUGUUUGAUGAUGGAUUCUCGGCUCCUGUAGCUUUGGAGGAGACCCUGAAGGCACAUCCGGGGAUGAAGUUCUCAUGUCAUGUCAAGAAAAGGUAA